AUGAAAUUUCAUAAAUUCACAAAAUCAAGUUUUAGUUAGGUUAAUCAUUAUCUUAAUUAGCUGAUUGUCAUAUCUAUCUGCUUAAUUCUAAUUGAAGAGAAAGUUUUAUCAAAAGAAGUCUAUUGUAAGGAUAGGGUAAUUAUUGUAGGUGCAGGAAUAUCAGGAUUAGCAGCUGGCUAGAAAUUGUAAAAUGCUGGCUGUGAUGUCACAAUACUUGAAGCUUCAUUGAGAGUUGGAGGAAGGAUUUAAAGCGUAAUGAUUGGUAAAGAUGUGAUGAUAGAUCUAGGAGCAUCAUGGAUAGGUGGUACUGGUAAAGGUACUUAAAGCAAGAGUAAAUGGGAUGACUAAUACAAUCCAAUUUAUCAGAUAGCUUUAAACAAUAACAUUACUACGAUCGCUUCUUUAGAUUUUGAUGAGGGGGCAAAUCAAGUGUUCUACACUUAAAAAAUUGGAGAAUUAGACAUAUGCUAGAAUGAUCUCAACUAAUACUUUGAAAUUUUUAAAGAUCAUCUCCGAAGCCAUUUACCUUUGGCUUCUGACUAAACAUCGCUAGAGGAUAUCUUUCAAGAUUUUACUGUGAAAGAUGAAAAAUACAAUUAAAAAUUUCUUAAAAAUUUUACUUAGAGCUUCAUUUAUGCUUUCAAAAAUGCUGCUGAUUCAGACUAGCUCUCAGCAAGAUAUGUGGUAAGUAAGUAGAAAUUUGUUGGAAAGGAUCAUGUCAUAAAGGGUGGAUUUUAAUAGAUAACAGAUGAACUUUCUAAGGAGUUAAAAGUAUUACGAAAUAAAUAAGUGGUAGAAGUAGAUUAUCUAAAUGAACUAAUCACUGUCAAAACAUCUGAUGGAGAGAUUUUCUCAGCAGACAAAGUCAUAGUGUCUGUACCCCUAGGUAUAUUAAAAAGCAAGGAGAUUCAUUUUAAUCCACCAUUGAGCUUGAGUAAAUAAGAAUCGAUUGAAAGACUAGGCUCUGGCAUUAUGGAUAAAUUAUUUCUGGAGUUUGAUAAAGUUUUUUGGGAUUAAGAUUCUGUUUGGUUUAACUAUAUUUCUGACAGUGAUUAUAAGUGGAUUAUAACAGCUAAUCUAUUCAAAUAUACCGAUAAACCUAUCCUAAUGAUGUUCAAUAUUGGAAGGGACGCCAUAGCUUUUUCAGAAUAAUCAGAUGAGAAUGUAUUAGCUUCAGCUAUGUAAACACUGAGGAUUCUCUAUCCAAAUGCGCCUAACUAUGUCAAUUACAAAAGGACAAAUUGGGGUCAUGAUAAGUUCACUAAGAUGGCCUUUUCCUACAUGUAAGUUGGUUCAAAUUCCCAAGAUCCCAUUAAUAUUGCUGCAAGCAUAGAUAAGAAAGUUUAUUUUGCUGGAGAGCAUACUACUUUUGAUUUCUUAGGAACUGCUCAUGGAGCAUAUAUAUCUGGAAUGGAUGCAGCUUAGGCUAUUUUAGAUGAUUAGUGA